CGCCGGAAAUGUAGAUCCUGCCUUCUGUGAUCCUUGCAUGCCCUGGACAAGGGGCUGCAUGGGUGAAACAUGGCCGCCGCAGACCCAGCGAAGUCUCCGGAACGGCUGAAAGCCUCCGACAGAGAGGUGGAAGCAUCAGUGGAGGAGGCCGAGGCGGCGGGGUCGAGGUGCAGCGCCGUGCCGUCGGACGAAGCACCGGCGGCGGGUCGCCCCGCCAAGGAUGGCGGGGCUGAUGUUGGGAGCGCUUGUGUUCAUAAUGCCAGCCUCUCCGAGGUUUGUGGCGAGUCCGGCGCUGGAGCAGACAAAACCCAGGAGCGGGCGGCGGCGGAAAAAAUGGCCGAAGCCCCGAGCGGUGCGAAGCGGGCAUUCGACUGGUCAGAAGCCGAGGAGGAGGAGGACGAGCGGGCGAAAGCGGUGACGGAGGAGUGCGGUCAGAGUGAUGCCACUGAAUCUGCUGAAGAGGUGGAGCAGGAGGGGCCUGCGGAUAACACCACCACAGCUGGAGAAAAGCCUGCCAAGGAGGAGAACUUACACUGUGAUGCAGCGAAGGACUCUGCAGCCAAGGGCGUGGGUGUGAGGGAAGGCGAGGAGGCGGGGCCAGAUGAGGGCGAGGCUGUCCAGCUGUCGCCCAAACAGAAAAAAUUCACUUUGGAGUGCAAGGAUUGUGGGAAGAAGUUUGACCGCCGCGAGACCUUUCAGCUUCACCGCCACUUUCACAUGCACGAGGACGAGCUCACGCCCCUCACCUGCAAGGAGUGCGGCCUCACCUUCCAGCACCGCAGCAGCCUCAUCAAGCACAGGAACCAGCACAAGGGGAAGGAGGAGCAGCUCCUGACCUCCAGGAAGGAGGAGGGGAGGUUUCAGUGCGCAGAGUGCCUGAGGAUUUUCUUGUCAACAGAUAAACUGAGGGACCACAACUGCAGCAGCACCGUGGAGAAGCCGUACCACUGCCCGCUGUGCCGCCAGGAUUUCCAGUUCAAGGUGUCCGUCACAAAGCACAUGAGUAAGCACAUGAUGACGCGCUCCAACAACCACAUCUUCAAAUGCCAGGAGUGCAGCCAGAUCUUCCCCAACGCCACGGCUCUGCGCUUCCACCAGAAAUGCCACCCCGCCCUCAAGCCCUACGAAUGCCCCGAGUGCGGCAUGGUUUUCAAGCACUACUCCGUCAUGGAAGACCACCGGCGCAAGCACGCCGACAACAGCCGCUCCCACACCUGCAGCAUCUGUGGCAAGGCUUUCAAGUACGGCAGCCUCCUCCAUCAGCACCAGUACCUGCACACCGGACAGAAGCCCUUCCGCUGCCCCGAAUGUGGCAAAAAGUUUGCCUUCGCCCAAAACAUGAAGGCGCACUGCCGCCAGCACAGACUGCGUCAAAACAACUCGCUCUGCGAGCUGCCCGGCAAGCAGCCUCCUGCUACCGUUCGGGAUCCGGUUAAAGGGGCGGGGAAAGAGAACUCGCACCAGAGCGAGGAGCCCAAACACACAUUUAACUGCCCCCUUUGUCCUCAGACCUUCAGCGUACCGGCCAACCUGAGAGCACACAUGCUCAUCCACGAGGCCGAGUACGAGAAGCUGGAGCGAUCGCCUCGGCCCCCGACGGAGAACAAUAAGGUUUGGGAGAAAGGACACACCUGCCCCUACUGCCCCAGUAUUUUUCGUGAGCAAUCCAGCCUAAAGUUUCAUUGUCUUAGCGUCCACAAGUCAGCCGGUCAGUCUCUGGAGGCUUCGCCAGCGUCUUCUCAGAAGCAGCUGAGCGCAGUGGGCAGCGACGGCAUCCAGGAGAAGUUGAAAGGCGAAAGCGCAAAGUCCCACAAAUGUCCCGAGUGUGAAAAGACAUUUCGCCACCGGUCCGUGCUGGAGUUGCACAUGCGCAUUCAUUCCAAGGACAAGCCUUACCAAUGCAAAGUGUGUGGCAAGGGCUUCAGGUUCAGUAGUUACCUGCAGCAGCACCUCAUCAUUCACACAGGCAAGAAGCCAUACAAAUGCCCCGACUGUGGGAAGGACUUUGCCUUUCUGCAGAACAUGCGAACGCACCAGAGGCUGCACCAGGAGAAGCCGUUCCGCUGCACCCACUGCCGCAAAGGCUACAGCGACGAGGCCCAGCUGCAGCACCACAUGCUGUCGCACAACGGAGACAAGCCCCACAAGUGUGAGCUAUGCGACAAGAGCUUCGGGCUGGCGUAUCUGCUGCGCGACCACAUGAACACGCACACGGGGGAGAGGCCCCAUCGCUGCGACGAGUGUCACAAAACCUUUUCCUGGUUCAGCAGCCUGCUCGUCCAUCAGAAGAUCCACUCUCGGAAGAAGCAGAGUUUGGGUCAGAUGAAGGGCAGGGGUAGAAGGCCAGGGAGGCCGGUGUGGGGCUGGUCCAGACCCACGGGUGCUUCAGAGACGGGGGCCGCUCAGCACCCAGGUUUAUACCCAGUUCCUACGCUGACAGAAGCUGAGUUGCUCAGAAGGGCACCCCAGCCUCCAUCUUCCAUGCUCCCGUCGCGCCUGGAUUUACAGAACCGGCACCCGAAGGAGCCGUGGCUGCCUGAGGCCCAGCCUGUGCAGUGGAAGGUGGACAGCGGGGAGGUGACGCCCAUCUCUGCGCUGCAGCAGCAGCACGCCCCGCAGCAGUUCGACUCUGCAGCACAGGCUGGGCUGCAGCAGCAGAGGAGUUCGGGCUGGGCGGAAAUGUUGACGCCCACCGGCCCCUCGUCCGCCCAAAGCGCUGACUCGCACGCAAAGGAGAGCGCCUCUCAUCCAGCAAAUAUGCCAAAACCGCCCAUCCUGUCCACGCUGGGCGAGUUGAGGCAGCACAAGCCGUCCUCUUGGAGUUCCACGCCCACCUCGGGGGGUCCCGUCCCUUCCACGUCAGUGCAGCAGGACUUUCUGAUUCCCUCCUCGUCGUACACGGAUGGAGCAGCCCUGUGGAGCAUCAGACCCUCGGUGAACGCGCAGAUCUCUCCUAACAAGCACGGACAGGACCCUCAGCUGCUGAGGUGGGCGAGCGGGCCGGUGGCACCGCUAAAGGAGCCCUCCACCCCCACUAAGAAAGAGGACCGAGUGUGGGACUUGGCCGGUCCUCAAGUGUUAUCGUUGACUGUUUCUCAACUCGACAAACCCUGGACUUCAGGCUUAGCCGGUGUCUCCACCUCAGCCCAAAUAGACCAAAGCAGCGCUCUGCCCAUCUCAACAGCCCCUCAUGGGGUUGGUAGCACUUUGUGGGACAUCCAGUCGCCCCCAGGGGUUCCAAAGACGUUAAACUCCCCAGAAAAGCUGCUAAACAAUCAGGACUUUCAGCUGCAACAGAAGCAGAUAUCAGCUGGGUGGGCCAACAUGCAGCCAGCAGCUCAGAAGGCCCCCAUCUCCCUCCCAUACGAGCCGCAUCGCUUCGGCCAGCCCAUGGCGAGCACAGUGUGGGGCUUCCAGAGUAACCCCGUGGGUCCUCAGGCGCUGCUGUCCGGACCGCUGAAAGCUGGCGGCGCACAGGAGCAGCAGCCGAUGGUAACAGGCACGCAAAUAAUCAUAAACCAGCCCUCCCCUUUUUUCUCCCCCCCUCUAGCUCCGCUGCCCCCGCUCGGGUUGCCCGGCCCCCACCCUCUCCACUCCGUUGCGCUCCCACGACCUCCCCACCCAAACCUGUUUUUCACGCCGCAGGCCGUCAUGAGCGAGAGGCCUCACAUGCCACAGACGCUGCCCCUACCUCAACUGGCCCCGCAGGCCGAACCUCACAAACUCGGACCCCGUCUGCCUUUUGGCCCCGAACGGCUUCUUCAGUGCAUGAUAUGUGGCUGUUCCCUCCCCCGGGAGCUGGAUCUACAGAUGCAUUACCUGCAGCACGCACAGGGGGAGAUCUGACAUUGACACUAGUAUUCUAAUGUUGUUCCAUUCUUCUCAGUUAAACCUCCAUCAGUGGACUUUAGCGGCGCCGCUUCACCAGUAUGUGAGCAUUAGGUAGGAGAUGAAACCAGAUUUAGUUUGCACAUUUUGACCCGGUUCCUUUCUAGCUUCAUCUCUAAAUGCAACAGUGUUGUGUGUGUGAAAUGAAGUGUGUGCACAGAUGCCGUUAACAUGGUUCCACGAUCUUCUUGAUGCGUAGUUAUCCCCAUUUUUAUUGCCAAUAACCUGUAGACUGAAAUAUUAUUAGUACUUUUAUAGUUUGUUCCAUUUGUACUGUGUUCCUCCGUGUACAGUAUACUGUGUGCCUUUAUGAGUACAGUCUGCAUGUCUGCUGUCUUGGUAUUCUAGGCCCUAGUUUGUGCAUAAGUUAGACUCUGCAGCGAGACUUCGACUCCCAAAAUGCAACUUUUCACAACGACUCCAUAAAGAAACGUUUUCUUUUGGAGAGGCGAUGUCUGCUGUUAUGGUCACAGUUCUCAGAAAAUACAAGGAUGAUUUUUGUCCAGAAGAGGAGCAAAGGUGUGGGUCCAAGAAUCAGUGGAGAAGCUAUCACAGUGAUGCGGUCAGAGACCGAGCAUCUGUGAACAACGUGUAAAGAUUUCUGUCUAAUGGAAUCACUCAAGUAGUCCAGAUAUGGUGCCAAUGUAGAAUCGCUGAUGACACUGUUAAGUUUUGUAAUAAACUCAACUUGGACUUGA